AUGACUGCGACUCACGUGGCCCUCUCACCCUUCACUGUAACACGCCGUAUAGGUCACCCCUAUCAGAACCGGACGCCCCCUAAGAAGAAGAAGCCACGCACGUCCUUCACGCGCCUGCAGAUAUGCGAGCUGGAGAAGCGCUUCCACCGCCAGAAGUACCUGGCCUCGGCCGAGCGCGCCGCCCUGGCCAAAGCGCUCAAAAUGACCGACGCGCAGGUCAAAACCUGGUUCCAGAACCGCCGGACGAAGUGGAGGCGGCAGACGGCGGAGGAGCGCGAGGCCGAAAGGCAGCAGGCGAACCGCAUCCUCCUGCAGCUGCAGCAGGAGGCCUUCCAGAAGAGCCUGGCGCAGCCGCUGCCCGCCGACCCGCUGUGCGUGCACAACUCGUCGCUCUUCGCUCUGCAGAACCUGCAGCCGUGGUCCGACGACUCCAAGAUCACCAGCGUCACGUCCGUGGCGUCGGCCUGCGAGUGA